AUGUGCUCUGAAAGUCGGGGAAAGUUGACUGGCAAGACAUUACCCGUACUCGAAUAUCACUCGGGUGGUUCUGGAGACUACAACGAUAGUCCUAGAAGCUCUACUCCUCCGGAAUCACUAGGCUCGCGUGAUGAUACUCACGAAUCCUCUGCGGAGCCAGUACCGGUCCCUCCUGGGUUACGAAAUGCAUUCGAAGCAGCCACCAAUGGUCAGUCGCCAUCAUCAACAGUGAGUUCCAACUAUGAAGGCGACCUGACUCCAGAGCAAAUCCCGCCUUAUGUGCAAGACCCCAUUAUCCAGCAACUGCUUCAUCACUACGAUAAAGAGGUCGCAGCAGUUAUGCCUUGGGUUGAUGGCCCCCAAAAUUUGUGGCGGACAGUUCUGAUUCCGUUGGGAAUGGAGUCACCUUCAUUAUUACUGGCCAUUCUCGCAUUGGCCGCCGAACAUUAUACCUCAAAGAUGGGGUCGACAUGGGCUAAACAGCAUGGGAUUAGUUCCAGUCAUUAUCGAGAUAGGAGUCUCCGUCUUCUCGCUCAAAACUUGAGAUGUGAGAUGACCGAAGGCGCAUCUACUCCACACCAAGGACCUCCUAGUGCCAUGCUGGCCACCAUCUUGAUACUCUGCAACCUUGAAAUGAUACGCUCGGAUUCUUCCGUAUGGAGUGUGCAUUGGAAAGCGGCGAGGACCAUUACUCGACGAUGGACAGCUCCACAUCACUCUCCCUCACUACUUGACCCCACCUGCCACCUGCUGAUCCGGGAAGCAUUUACCUACGACGUUUUCGCUUCGACAACCACGUUUGAUGGCGAGGAUCUGAUCCCUCCGUCCGUGCUGAAUGACCACGAUGAAUGCGCUUUUACCGAGUGGAUGCGAGCUAUUCAAGACGUCACAAUCGCCGAGAGAUACCUUGAUAUGAACCGGACCGGGAAUGGCCCUGCUCAACCACCCAUUGAAAUGGCUACUCUUCAAAGCAAAUUUGAGUAUGCAAGACGGCGCUCGCAUGAGCUUGAGACAGCCAUAAACUUUGGGUCGCCGGAGUUACACCAUGAUUUUAAGAUUUUAAUCGACAUCUUCCACUUCGCGGGACUAAUUUACAGCAUCCGAGCACUACUGGAUCCUGCCAACGUGAGUGGCUCUUUACAACAACUGGUCCAAAACACUAUCCAGUGCAUUAAUCUGAUCGAAGUGCGUUCCGCCUUUCAGCAUGACUUUGUCUGGCCGCUAUUCAUUAUCGGAACCGAGAGCAGAGCCAGCAUUGAAUUGCAGGACUUUGUAGAAUCAAGGCUCUUGGAAGCCAUGACUUCUACAGGUUUUUCCAACUGCUACCCAGCGUUGCAAUUUUUACAACGAUUCUGGAGCACUCAACCCUCGACUACCGUCGAUUGGUUGCAAUUCGCCCGGCGGGAAGCCGCUCGGGGGUUAACCUUUCUGGUCAUAUGA